CAGUGUAAUGGUUCCGGAGGAGCAAUGAUACGUGGCUCCGGAAGGGGGGCGGAGAGGGGGUGGAGCAGCUGGUGAUGGCAGGGACCGAGAGGAGAACAGACAGUGGAUGAUGUGGGGAGGAAGGAUACUGUUGCUGUGCUUAAUAUGCCUAGCCUUCCAACUCAGCGCCACGUGUCCGCCGGGUAGUCGUGCCUGUGAGCCCGCCAGCCUCUCUUCUUUGGAUGCCUGGAUCUGCUCCAUAAUCGGCUCCCUGCUGGUGGGGCUCAGUGGGGUCUUCCCGCUGCUGGUCAUUCCAAUCGAAGCCGGCGCUGAACUGCGGUCAGAAAAAAACUCCCAAAGGCUCAAACGGCUCCUGAGCUUUGCAAUUGGUGGAUUACUGGGCGAUGUGUUCCUGCAUCUGUUACCCGAGGCCUGGGCUUAUACAUGCAGUGCAACAACAGGGAGUUAUCAGUCUUUACAGCAGCAGAGGCUCCUCGGUCUGUGGGUAAUCACUGGAUUCCUCAGCUUUCUACUCCUGGAGAAAACCUUUUUGGACGAGAAACGUGAAGAGCAAGUUGACUCAACCACCCCCAAAGAGGCCAAAGAGAGUCUGAUUAAUGGCAAGCACAAGCACAACGGCAAGCAGGGGAGCCCAAUAAAGAAACCGCCCAAUGAUCACAUCAAGGUGAGUGGUUAUCUCAACCUUCUGGCCAAUACCAUUGAUAACUUCACCCAUGGCAUGGCAGUGGCAGGCAGCUUCUUAGUCAGUAGGAAGGUGGGCAUCCUCACAACCGUGGCCAUCUUGUUGCAUGAAAUUCCUCACGAGGUUGGGGACUUUGCCAUCCUGCUGCGAGCUGGGUUUGACCGCUGGAACGCCGCCAGGCUGCAACUGACCACAGCGAUGGGUGGAAUCUUGGGAGCUGCCUUUGCACUUUGUGCACAGUCCCCAAAGGGAGCAGGGGAGGCAGUGGCUUGGAUUCUUCCAUUCACAUCCGGGGGGUUCCUGUACAUUGCACUAGUUACAGUCCUUCCCGACCUCAUAGAGGAGAAAAACAUUAGGAAUUCUUUUGGACAAGUUCUGCUGAUCUGCUGUGGGAUUGCAGUGAUGACCAUCUUGUCGCUCACAGUGGAAUGAGAAAAGCAACGCGCUAGAAGUACAUCUCUGGCACAUUAAGCCGGGCCCGGCAGGAGGGGCACCUACACUGCGAGAGGUGGUGUUGGGAGACCUGGGCAGCAAACGGGGGUUUGGUUUAGCAGUUCCUUUCAGUAGACCUUACUGUAUUGGUAUGUGCCAAAACCAUAGCCCUAUCAUUCCCAGCCAAACCUGUAGCACUCCAUUGGCUGCUGCUAGCCAAUCCCUUUGUGACAGUCCAGCUUCCAGAGAGGAUUAUGGGAGCAAUAGCUGAAUAUGUCUAUGGUUUGUGCAUGUAUCUCACAAACUCCUUGCCCUGCGCUUCUGCCUCCUGUUCGUGGUCGUUCAUACGGAUCCAUUCUGUAUGUACCCCAGCUUCUCCCGCUGCCUUGUCUCUGCUUGUCUCUUUAAAUGAGUGCCGGAGCUACCUCAGAUUUCUGUCUCUCCACUGUCUCCAUGAUACUGCUUUCCAUUCCACUGCAACAGCUGAUACUUUAAAGGCAUAGGACUAAGGGGGCGCAUUUUUUCUUUUGCACUCACUACUUCCUAUAUAGUAAGGUAUAACAGGAAGUGGGGAGUGUAAAUAAAAACUGGGUUCCCAAAGUGCUGAUGCAAUAGAAUAUAUGCUCUUACCCCAAGUACCUUUGAAUGGGGUCUGAGGCAUAAGAUGAAAUUCAAGUGCUUAUGCUCAAAAAUUGACCCUACAGUGAAACAAAUGCAAUCGGAGUGCUCUUCUGAUCACUUUUGCAAUUUACGUAAAAUCUGAGCACCCCCUGCUCUUUGGCCAAGGUUCUUCUGCUUAUCAAAAACAUUAGAAACUUUUCUCACGUCUUUCCUAACCAAAAGAUCUUCAGAUUUUUCUCCUAACAACUUCUCGACUA